GUGGAGGAGAGUCAUUUGUUGCAGGGGACAAUAGCAGGGGACGAUGUGCGCUUAUCUCCUGUUCCCAGCCGUGUCCCCGUCACCACGGGAAUACGAAUAAGUGCCAGGCACCCUCCCCUCUUGCCCGUCAUUAUCAAACGCGGCUCCGGGACAGGCUCCUGUGCACGCCAAGCAGUGUUGUUGGAAAAUUAAAAAAAGCCCACAAGACACACGGCCCGGGUCUUACAGCAGUGGGAGCUGACAUGGUGCUGGGAACGGUGAAGCGCUUCAGGACAAUGGGGACGCUACUCUGAAGAAGCACAACAAACACACAGGCGACAUGGUGAUAUCUAUAUCCAGAAAUCACGGCCAGGUCUCCAGUCAUCAUGUCGGCAGGAUCUCCCUCAUCCCCUGGUGGCCCCAACGGUAUCAUUAGAAGCCAGUCCUUCGCUGGGUUCAGCACACAGCAGGAGAGAAGGUCCAGGAGUCACUCCUUCGUCGGAAAUAACGGAAUCCUCAAAAAACCGCAAGGAAAAUUGAAGAAAAUGAACAUUUCGGCGCACAAGAACAACAGCAUGCCAAAGGACGUACAUCCAAAGAGGAUGGAUGAAAUGUAUGAGGUGCUGAAGAGGGGAUUAAUGGAGUACCUGGAAGUGAACCAGGCAGAGUUGGACAAGCUGACCAUUCAGCUGCACGACCUGAGAGGCACCUCCAGAUUGGGUAUUAUGUAUGAACUCGAUAAGCAAAUCAAAGCUAUAGAAAGAUACAAGAGGAGGCUGGAGUUCCACAUCAGCAAGGUGGAUGAGUUGUACGAGUCAUUUUGCAUGAUGAAAAGGCUACGGGACGGAGCCUCCAAGAUGAAACAGGCCUUUGAAAUGUCACCUUCCACGAAAAGUACCAGAGAAAGCCUGGUAGAAAUAAUCAAGACUUACAAAGAAACAACAGAGGCGCUGUGUUCACUGGAGGUAGAAAUUGGAAAACUGCUUGGAGAAUUUCACAUUAAGAUGAAAGGUUUAGCUGGCUUUGCACGCCUUUGCCCAGGGGAUCAAUAUGAGAUAUUUAUGCGUUACGGCCGUCAACAGUGGAAACUAAAAGGGAGGAUUGAAGUGAAUGAUCGACAAAGCUGGGAUGGAGAAGAAAUAAUUUUCUUUCCCCUCAUUAAUGAUUUAUUCUCUAUUAAGGUAUCAGAGUUGAAGGGAUUGGCAACACAUCUCUUGGUUGGCAAUGUCACCUGUGAAACAAAAGCCCUGUUCACCACCCAGCCUCAAAUGGUGGCCGUGGACAUCAAUGACCUUGGAACUGUGAAGCUAAACCUGGAGGUCAUCUGGUAUCCAUUCGAUAAAGAGGACCUGACGCCGUCCACUGGCAAUCUGCACAAAGCCUCCAAUGUACAGCGCCGUAGUUCCAUAAGCAGCCAGGGUACACCGGAAACUCCCACCUUUGAAGCCUUCUCCUUCUGGAAAUGCUUGACGCCGUCAGCAAACAGGCUGCGGCUGUCAUUUAUAGACGCGCUGCGGGACAUCUUCUGUGACAAACUGCAACGGAGUCGUUCAUUCAGUGACCUGCCGUCACUUAGGCUGUGGCCUAGCGAAAGGCUGGAACUAUACCCUUCGCAGCUUGAGGACGAUAUGUUUGACGACGGAUGCUCGCUUGGCAAAUCAUCCACCUCUCUCAGCCAGCGGUGUCUUGUAGACGGCAGCUGUCUCCCACAGCCCAGUAAGGCAUCCAGCGAUUGCGUCUACUCCCGCCCUGAAAUCACGUUGACUCCACCCGAGUUUCGAGAGGAGGAGGAAGAGGAGGAGGAGGAGGUAUCUCAGCCUCCGCAAACUCAAACGGUCGCCGCGAAGACGGCCGAGGGAAUGGGCGAUCCAGCGGCGCUGGUAUUGGACACGGUUCAGGAGGAGUGCACGGACACUGGAGAGUCGUCGACGUGCGGCCACCCGCCGGUCGGCCUGGAAGUGGACAUGUUGCUGGAGACCAACGUCCCAGUGGGGAUCCUUCAGGACCCAGAGGAAGUGUCCGACCUGAGGCCCGUGGAGCUGGGCCCUGACGAGGGGAAUCUGACCAAGCAGCUGGUGAAGAGGUUGAAGUCAACGGAAGGCGGGCUGGCAUCGUCCGACGGCCAAGACUCCGGGCGCUUCGUCCACGGCGAUUACGCGGGAACUCGGCCCGCCACGACGAUGAGUCUGGAGGAAGCUCUACAAAGUCUUCUUCUAUCGCUGGAACCGCACAAGGAGCACUACAAGGAACUUCACGACUUGGAUCAGGAAGUCAUGCAACUCGAGGACUUGCUGAAGCCGGCAGACUCGGAGUUUGGUUCCAUGAUCUGCUCUGAUGUAUUCUGCUUUCAGCGCAAAGCGAGUGUGAGCAGAAGUCUGACCGUAGAGAGCGUGCUGGAGAGCUUCGAUUUCCUCAACAUUUCAGACCUGGAGGACGACGGGGAAAUUGACAGAGGCUCCGAAUGCUCGGACCUGGAGGCCAGGAAGGCCACUAUUUCAGCACAUCAGGAUGCCAGAGGUCAUGUGAGUGAGGCAUGGACAGAAGACACAGGAGUUGGCUCUAGUGUUGCUGGAAGUCCACUACCACUGACCACGGGCAAUGAAUCCCAGGACCUGGCCAUCAUUAAGCACUUGCAGCUGUCCGAGCACCUGCUUCAGCAACUUCUGGCAUUUGAAGAAUAUCCAGUCCUUCGAGAUAAUCUCCUGGAUAAGAUCUCCCAACAGAUCAAUGUGCUGGAAAAAGUGGUGGAGAUGAACACGGAGAAAUUGAGGAGCAACGAUCCUAUUUUAGAGGUUCCCGCGCUGCUACAGAAACACCAGGCGUUGCAGUCCAGCUGGUUAGGGAGCUCCACCACCGGGAGUGCAUUUUAUGUGCCCGCGCACAGACUGGCGGAGCAACUCAGCAGCCAUUUUGGCCAAAGUGUGGACGAGACAAGUCCAAGUCAUCGCGAGACAGUCUUUCAAAUAGCCAUGAAUCAGAUGUUGGAUAAACCAGAGCUGUUCCCCAGUCCCACUGUAGACGAGGUGAUAACCAUCUGGCAAUUCUCCAACUUCUUGACCUGCCUCGACACAUCAGACCUGGGAAGUCACCUCGCACGGCUGGCAAAUGAAGUGUCAUUGGAGCAGUCGCUUCGGUCCAUGCGUCCGAAAGAGAAAUUGGAAAUGUUGGAAGCGCAGCCAGCCCGGAGUCUCCAUCCCCUGGAGGAGACGUUGAAGAUGAUAGCUUUCCUUCUGCUGGAAGCCAGCAGUGAGCUGGUGCAAGCCACCUCCUCCUACCUGACCACAGCUUCAAUGGACAACACCUUCAGAGAAAAAGCAUUGCUGUAUUACACCAAGGCAGUCCUCGAACCCAACGUCAAGCUCCAGAGAGCGGCUUGUGCAGCCCUGAAAUGCAUCAACGCUUAUGAAAGUAUCGACGUUCUGGUGGGUCUGUGCCGGUCGGAAAAAGAUGUCCUACGACAAGCAGCCACUGAAUCACUCCUCUCUCUUGGUGAAGACGGGCGCUUGGCCUACGAGCAGCUGGACAAAGACCCUCAGGAAAUUGUGCAGCUGGCGGGACGGCGGGGAAAUGCGGUCAGCACCGCCUUCUGACAGCAAAGCCCCUGCCACGCACCGUGGUAUUACGGACUACGGUGGGCAGCUCCGCUAACUGCCCCAUGCUGAAGGCUGUGGCACGGUGGCACAUGGACAAGAUCCAAGAAAGCACACCCUUGUGAUCACGAGAUGGCAGCCGACCCACGCGGCCGUUUGGUUCAAUGGUUAUUUAUUGUCUCAUAAUGUCACAUCAGUGGUAGGAGCAGAAUUAGGCCAUUCGGCCCAUCGAGUCUACCCCGCCACUCAAUCAUGGUUGAUCUAUCUCUCAUUCUCCUGCGUGCUCCCUACAACUCCAGACACCCGUACUGAUCAAGAAUCUAUCUGAAGAAGGGUUUCGGCCCGAAACGUUGCCUAUUUCUUUCGCUCCAUAGAAGCUGCUGCACCCGCUGAGUUUCUCCAGCAUUUUUGUGUACCUUCGAUUUUCCAGCAUCUGCAGUUCCUUCUUAAACACAAGAAUCUAUCUAUCUCUGCCUUAAAAAUAUCCAUUGACUUGGCCUCCACAGCCUUCUGUGGCAAAGAAUUCCACAGAUUCAUCAUCCUUUGACUAAAGAAAUUCCUCCUCAUCUCCUUCCAAAAGGAAGUCCUUUAAUUCUGAAGCUGUGACCUCUAGUCCGAGACGCUCCUCCACUCUCCAGUCCUCUUUGUGUCCCAGCGAUGCCUCCUGCAGCCAAUCUUGAAGACGCUGGAGGCAUUACUCCGGUUUUCUCUCCUACCAGCCCGUGCCCUCCACGCCCAAUGUCUCUAUCGUGCUAGCCGCAGAAGCCGAACUACAAUCACACAUUACAAUCGCUCCACCCUCUUAAAUCUCUACUCCUGCAGCAACAUCUAUACACUGUGGAAGACUCAAUGGUAAUCAUGUAUUAGAGCCAUAGAGUGAUACACGGUGGAAACAGGCCCUUCAGCCCAACGUGCCCACACCGGCCAACAUGUCCCAGCUGCACUAGUCCCAUUUGCCCACGUUUGGUCCAAGUCCCUCCAAACCUGUCCUAUCCAUGUACCUGUUUAAGAAGGAACUGCAGAUGCUGGAAUAUCGAAGGUAGACAAAAAUGCUAGAGAAACUCAGUGGGUGAGGCAGCAUCGAUGGAGCGAAGGAAAUAGGCAACAUUUUGGCCGGAAACGUUGCCUAGCUCCAUAGAUGUUGCCUCACCCGCAGAGUUUCUCCAGCAUUUUUGUCUACUAUCCAUGUACCUGUCCUAUGGGAUACUCCCAGCCUCAACUACCUCCUCCAUCA